GCGCCACGUUGCGAUCCCUCGCGUCUUUUAAUUCCUAAAAAUAUUCCCACUCUGCGAGCAACGAAAAACGCACAUUUUAUGUCCAGGACUUUUUUCUAUGAUAGUGGGCCUUUAAUGAACUGAUAUGUAUCGCAUGAAUAUUAAUAUUCUACAAUGUCGUUUCUGUUAAUAUUUCGCUUUUCUCAAUAAAGAAUAAAACGAGCGCACGUGAGUCGAUAUAUAUCCGAGUCAGUUUGAAUUUUUCACUUUAAAUUUUACGCCCUGACUCGCUUCUACGUGUUCAAAAUAAUUUAUGAUGCUUUUAUGCACUCUACAAUUUUAAUGAAAAAUUAGAAUUUCUAAUAAACUCUUUUAUUAUUUAUCGUUUGUAAGAAUAAAUGCGGUAUUUCAAUCCUUGUAACGAUUGCAUUAUGGAUAAUAUAUUUGGAAAGGAAGACUCUGGAAAUGAAAGCGAACAUGCAGAUAUUGAGGAGAAGGAAGAAAAAAGUAGUCCUUCGCAAAAUUCUGUAACCAAAGAUGUAGAAUCAAUGGACGUUGAUAAUAUACAUGUUAAGGAAGAAUUUGAUGCAAUGAGUUCACAGUCUCAAUCAGAUGGAGAAGAAGUAGGAUCAAACUUAUCAUGUUCCGUAGUAGAAGAUCAGUUAGAAAUUGUUAAACAUGAAAUUGAGAGUAGAGAGGAAGAACAAACAACAGAAGAUAUAUUUGAAAAUGACAUAGUAUUACCUCAUGCAAAUCCGACAAAUGUUAAAGAAAGAAGAGAAAGUAAAGAGAAAAGUAAAAAAGAAUUGGAAGAGGAAGAAAGAGAGAAAAUGCAAGUACUAGUGUCAAAUUUUACAGAAGAUCAAUUGGAUAGAUAUGAAAUGUAUAGAAGAGCUGCUUUUCCAAAAGCAGCAAUAAAAAGAAUCAUGCAAACUAUAACAGGUUGUUCAGUGUCACAGAAUGUGGUCAUUGCUAUGUCUGGUAUUGCAAAAGUAUUUGUUGGAGAAAUAGUAGAAGGAGCCCUUGAUGUUAUGGAAGAGCAUCAAGAAUCAGGUCCACUACAACCAAAACAUUUAAGAGAAGCAGUUAGAAGAUUAAGACUUCAAGGGCAGAUUCCAAAUGGUCGUGCACAUAAAGCAUUUUUCCGGCUAUAAAUAUUCUUUAGCAUAAUUAUUUGAAACUGUGAUUUAAAACAAAUAUUUCCAAUAGAUUUAAAAAGUUAAGUAAAUAUUUUUAUAUAAUUAUAUAAUGUUUGAUAUAAAAA